AGGCCCAGCGAUGCGAAUUACGUGUAGGAUUUGAAGCCAGAUUUUGCAUUCUUCAAUGUCAGAUUUUUUUGAAAAGCAGAUUGAUUUGAUAAAAAUGUCGUCCUCGCGCGGGUGGUCCGGUUUCGCACAUUCUAAGAAUACAGCGACUUCUCGAGUCAGAACUAGAUCCACAACUGCCACGUCUGCUUGGUUGAGGCAAUAAGCAAAAUUUUUCCUUACUUACGUUGUCGAAGGAGCAGCCCUGCUUGUUGUAGCUGCCCGUGCAAAUCUUCUUCCAGAACAACACUGAUUCAGGUCCUGACUUUGCUUUUCCAGCAUAGGGGAGAACCGCCCCUCGAAGGACCCUUGCGACAAUACAUCCGGCCACCUGGUGCUCGUUUGGCGGCUUCGUCCGUAUCCGGGAGCGCGCGCUGGUCUGUGAAAAUAGAGUAUCAGAAGGCGAGGCGCACACACGAAUCACUAGGUACAAUACACAUCGUCCCUGCCGCGCUCUCGUUCCUUUGAUCAUUCAGUUGGAAAACCGCGAAUCCCACAAUCGGCAAGAUGACGUCGGUUGGCAAGGAGAUGAUGAGCCUGCGCAUUGCCGCAACGGGCGGAAAGAAGACGAAACGAAAGUUUGUCGUAGAGCCGGAAUACGACGCGCAACUGAUUCGCCAGAUGAACUUGGGGUCCAGGUGGGAACGCGUGCUGACCACUCCAGCAGAGACAGGUGUUUUUGAAAAACUUCUGCGACUGCUGCAUUAGAUAAGGACACUAUGGCUGCGGACUUGGUUGAAAGUUAUAGGCGAAGUACUUAGUGUAGUUGAUGGUUCAGCGCAAAAGCUUGCAGCAAAUUUACCGAACUAUAGACAUUCCAACGUCGUCAUCAAAAGAAAAAUUGUUAUCUCUACGUCUGCAACAUUAUUGUAGGCGGGUGCCUGACGACGCGGAAGAUAGAGACAAUAGCGGCGAUCCUGAUCCAAGCGAAGUGGCGGUGUCGCGUGGUGCGCAGUCGCAUGGUGGCGGACAGUUUGUCGAGCGUGCCUCUUUCCAAGUGGUACUCCAUCGAGAUGGUUCAGGUGCGGAUGAAGAUCUACCGCCUGUUUGACGACGCGCACUCCUCCACUGUUGCCCAGUGCAUCUCGCUGUUCAUCUUGGCCGUGAUCAUUUUCAGCAUUCUCUGCCUGGUCGCAGAAACGUCACCCACUUUCAUGCCCGACGUGGACAAGUACGGGGUACAGAAGACCACGCAGACGAAGAGCUUGAUCAUUGAAAAAGACACGUGGAUUAUGCAAGAAAAAAACUGUGUAAGUGUAAACUUGUGUUGCAGAGCAUGCAACAGAGUUACACCUGUCAUGCCAGACAGACACGAAGUCCUCUUUCCAUGUGUGUUUUCCCUUAUAAGCCACGCAUGACAGGUUUUCUUUGUCAUGUAGAGCAAAUUUGUGAUGCUGUGUCUCAAAGAAAGUUACACUUACUUACACACUUUUUUUCCUGGAUAUGGAUGGCCAUCGACUGGUUCGCCACCAUCGUCUUCACGGUCGAGUUUUCGCUCCGAUUAUGGGUGUGCAACGUGAUGCCGGGCAAAACCGUGAAGCAGUUCUUCGCGCAGCCCAUGAACGUGUGCGACUUGCUCGCCGUGAUGCCCUUGUACAUCGAGAUCAUGUUCCAGGGCGGGGGCGCUGGCUUCCUCCGGGUGCUGCGUGCGAUUCGUUUGGUGCGGCUGUUUCGCAUCUUUAAACUCGGGCGGUACAGCACCGCGCUUCAGCUCAUGUUCCACGCGGUUUUCGACUCCAUUCAGAUCCUGCUCGUGUUGCUCUUCUUCCUGGGCAUCGGGGUCAUCCUGUUUUCCUCGAUCAUUUACUACUUCGAAAAGCUCUCCUGUCUAUGAAAUGCAAAUAUUUCGAAAAUUUUGUUCGUCUGGAAGAACAAUUUGGCAUGUAUUUUCUAUGCUGGUUGCAUCAAGGGAGCACGACGCGCGGAGGCUCUUCCAUGCCGAGCCCGCCGGAGAAAUCAUGCCACCUUCGGGUGGAGACAAACGGCGUGCGGUUAUUUUGCUGACUAAGCAAGAUGACCGAUCUUUGUCUGCUCUAGACUCAGUAUCACAAGUCCUCGCAGCGUUCCAGAAUACUUAUAUUUGCAAUGCAUACUGUCCGGAUAAGGACAACUGGACGGCCGCCGACUACACCCAGUAUGUGUCGGAGUGCGAGGCCGGGUCGGGCGGAAAGCACUUCUCCAAGACCUACGGCCUAUGUUGCGAUCAGCACGACGUCUCGCUCGACUUUCCCAACAUCCUCACCGCGGUGUGGUGGAACGUCGUCACCAUGACCACGGUGGGCUACGGUGACAUCGUGCCCCGCACGCCUCAGGGCCAGGUGGUCGCGUCGUUAGCACUGCUCGCUGGUACCCAUGUACUCUGUUCGCUUUUUUUUAUUCGAUCGUGAGCCUGAAGAUCUUCAAGAUCCUCAUGUUCUCAUAAAGUUGCUCCGCUAAUUGUUCCUACUUCGCAAAAGAUGGUGGCCUGUUGCCGUAGGUUUUUGGUAAUAUCCACGAGGAGGCAGGAAAUCGUAAUUGGCGCGCCAAUGUAUUACUCAUUGCUCGCCGAUCAUUCUAGUCCUCCUCUUCCCGGGCUCUGUACAAAAUGCCCUCUGAGUACUUGCUGUUAUGUCUCUGAGGUAUACUGCUGAUCGCGCUGCCGGUGGCGGUUGUGGGAAGAAAGUUUCAGGAAACGUACGACGAGCUGGAGAGCGACAAAGCCAUCGCGGGAGUCGAAGCGCAUACGGGUGGCGUAAUCAAGAAGAGCAACGUGUCAGACCCCGACGAGAUUCCCUUCACCAAGCUAGUCACCGCGGUAUGUCGGAUAAAAUAAAUGCGCGGCAUUUUUCUUUGCUUGCAGCAAGAUUUGUGACGAUCAGCGGGAUUCGCUGCGGUUAGUCGUAAUGGUACAUCUACAGCCCACGACACGUCGUUCCAUCGUGACGAUGCCAUGAUUUUUCUUCUCAAUUUUCUUUCUUCGCUCAAAACGACAUCAGAUACAAAUGCUGGAGACGGAAGACACUGAUUUUUUUUUGAAGCUGAAGAACCUCCAGCGGCUGAUUGAUCAAUGCGUGGCCGCUAAUGAGAUGGUACAUCGACUGCAGUGCGCGGAGAAGGCACGGCAAGAGAACGCGUACUUCACACUGCGAAAGAUUCUCCUACGCUUCGCGAAAGAAGAAUCUUCCUGACGACCAAGUAUUUGUGUUUCUUUCUGGACGGUGCUACGACUAGAACUACUAGUUCUUACUGUACCGAUGGAAAUGCGAGUGCUUGCGCGGAGAUUGCAAAGACGCACCUAUAUCGCAGAACUCAAUAGAUGGCACUUAGUGGCGGAAAGAAGUGUCGGUUGGCCUGUGCGCAGUUCUUUCACAGCGGUGUUCCUCUCGUCUACCACAAUUUCAGCGAGCUGAGGCCAAAUCUUGCACUUCUGUGUAACGGAACCAAUAUUGUUGCGCUUGUCAAAUCAUGAUGAGAGG